CCGAGUUGUUGAAAGCAGAUGAUAGUACUAGUGUUUUAGAAGUUGGUUGCGGGAGUGGCAGCUCUGUACUUCCUAUCUUGCGAUUUCCAUUUAAUGGCUCCUCCUAAAUCAACGUCUGAGGCAUGGAAGCAUGUGACCCGAAAUGGAACUCACAUCAAAUGUAACCUAUGUGAGGGAACUAUAAUUGGAACUUUAACAAGGCUUAGGGACCACUUCCUUGAUAAUACAGGGGGUCAGGUGGAGGUGUUCAAGCAUGUAUAGGUGUGACUCCAGAACUUAAAGCUAUUUUAGAGAGAGUUGGCUGCUUUAAUGGUAGGCAAAAUGAAGAAGGCACAAAAGAAACAGAGAAUUGAAGGAGAUAUAUCUAGAUUCACAUCUAUCAUGUCUUCCUCUUCUGUGCAAUCCAAACCGGUGAGCGUAUCAAAACAGAGUGGAACACUGAACAACCUUUGGAAACCAGUAGAGAAACAAUAGGUGGAUGAUGCAGUUGCUGAUUUGUUUUACACAAGUGCUAUUCCAUUCAAUGUUGCAAGAAAUCCACAUUUUUGUAAUGCAAUUCACAAAAUUGUAGAGUUUGGCAAAGGGUACACACCCCUAGGUUCAGAGGCUAUCAGGACAACUCUUUUGCAGAGGUCAAAAGAUAGAGUGAUUGAGAAAUUAGCUGAUGUCAAAGCCACUUGGAAGGAAACAGGUUGCACUAUAUUGAGUGAUGGAUGGUCAGAUAUGUGUCAAAGGCCAUUGAUUAAUGUUUUGGUGUCUUGUCCUGAAGGUGUUGUGUUUUUUAAAGUCAUUGACACCAUGAACCACAAAAAAACUUCAGAGUAUAUUUUUCAAAUAUUAGAGGAAGCCAUUCUUGACGUAGGGGUGGAAAAUGUUGUUCAAGUGGUAACUGAUAGUGCAGCAAAUUGUGUGGGAGCUGGGAGGCUGAUUGUAGAGAAGUACCCACAGAUAUAUUGGAGCCCAUGUGCAGCCCAUUGUCUCAAUUUGUUGCUUCAUGACUUGGCUAAAUUCACAUGGGUAAAUGAAGCUAUUCACAGAGGGAGGGCAAUUGCAAAUUUCAUACGGAAUCAUUGUCUCACAUUGAGUAUUUAUAGGCAGCAUGCAUCAAAGGAAUUGUUGAGGCCUUGUGAAACAAGAUUUGCUUCAUAUUAUAUCACUUUGAAAAGAGUGGUUGAAGAAAAAGCAGCUUUGAGAUCUGUUAUUUGUUCCAAUCAGUGGGAAAUUUCAGUGCUUUCUAAAGGCCCUAAGGGGAAGAACAUAGAGCAAAUCAUCCUAAACAACAAUUUCUGGGAAAGUGCAGCAAAAGUUUUGCUUGUAUGUGAACCAAUUGUUGAUGUGCUUCGUAUGGUUGAUGGUGACACCCCUUGCCUUGGCAUGCUUUAUGAAAGCAUGGACCGGUGUAAGGAAUCUAUUAAAAAAGCACUAAAUAAUGAAGAAGCAGAAUAUAUGCAGAUAUGGGAGACAGUUGAUUGCAAAUGGAAAAUGAUGCACACACCUUUACAUGCAGCAGCUUGCUUUUUGGAGCCUAAGUUGUUUGCUAUUGAUAGAAGGGGUGACAAUGAAAUCAUGGCAGGGCUUUACCAAGCCAUUAGCAGGUAUGUACCAGAUCCAGAAAUUGCAGCACUAAUCAAAGAUCAAAGUUGGCAAUAUAAGAGAGGAGAAGGGAUGUUUGGAGGGGCAGAAGCCAAAUAUGACUCGCCACAUAUGCCUGGAUAUAGAUGGUGGAUCGCUUAUGGAUCAUCAGCUCCUGAACUGCAAGAGUUUGCUAUUCGAAUUUUGAGUCAGGGAGCAAGUUCAUCAGCUUGUGAGAGGAACUGGAGUUGCUUUGACCACAUCCAUUCCAAAAAGAGGAACAAAUUGUUGACUAGAAAGUUGGGAGAUCUUGUCUAUGUUAGCAGCAAUUUGAAAUUGCUGAUGAACAAAUCAGCAAAGAACACUUCUUUAGAACAAACUCUUGAAGGCUUAGUAAUGCCAGAUGCAGAUGAGCCUGACUUUGCAGAUGAUGAAUUGAGUAGUGAUACAGAUGAUGAUGAUUUGGCAUCCCAACCAAGUGCUCUUGAUGACUUAGAGUUAUUUUAAAGUUCUAAAGUCUUUAACUAUUAUUGUACCUUUUUGACAAAAGAACAUCUUUGCAAU